AUGACCGCAAGGCCCAUCAUCGCAGGCCUCGGCCUCCUUCUCCUCUCAACCACCCUGCUCUUCCUCUUCUUCGUCAUCCUCUCCGGCGUCCGCGACCACACGCCCCUCAACCAAACCUACUUCCUAGAAGCCGACACCUCCGGCAUCACCGGCGCCCGGGACACCUCGCGAUGGACCUACUUCUACGUCUGCAAUGAGCGCAACGUCGACUGCUGGGGCGCCUGGCCCGCCCCUGCCUUCGGCUGGGCCUGGCACGCCAACCCCGACAACGUCCCCGACGGCCUGUCCGGCUCCCACGGCGGCGACACCACCAGCCAUUCCUACUUCUACAUGUGGCGCUUCAGCUGGGUCUUCUACAUGAUUGCCCUCUUCUUCGUCGCUCUUGCCUGGUUCAGCUCCUUCCUUGCCUGCUUCGGCCGUCUGGGCUCUGCCGUUGCCGCUCUCCUCUCUUCCAUCGGCCUCCUGUUCCUUACCAUUGCAGUUUCUCUCAUGACUGCCACCUUCGUCCAGGCUCGAGACGCCUUCCGUGCCGCCGGCCGCGACGCCCACCUCGGUCCCUACGCCUUCGGCUUCAGCUGGGCCUCCUGGGCCGCCCUCCUCAUCGCCACCGUGCUCUUCUGCAUCGGCAUCCGCGGCCGCGACGAGGGCCGCGGCUGGGGUCGCCGGAGCAAGAGCACCCGCUCCCGCCGCUCCCACGACCUUGGCAACCACCGCGUGAAGGACGACUACUCGUAG